AUGUUCCCCCUCUUGCCAUCCCGUUCCUGCCAUCCCGUUCCCCCUCUUGCCAUCCCGUUCCCCCUUGUGCCAUCCCGUUCCUCCUCUUGCCAUCCCGUUCCUCCUCUUGUCAUCCCGUUCCCCCUCUUGCCAUCCCGUUCCCCCUCUUGCCAUCCCGUUACCCCUCUUGCCAUCCCGUUCCCCCUCUUGCCAUCACAUCCCCCCUCUUGCCAUCCCGUUCCCCCUCUUGCCAUCCCGUUCCCCCUCUUGUCAUUCCGUUCCCCCUCUUGCCAUCCCGUUCCCCCUCUUGCCAUCCCGUUCCCCCUCUUGCCAUCCCGUUCCCCCUAUUGCCAUGGUGCCAUGGUGCACACGCACUUCUAUGCUCACUUCCCUCAUCUAUCCUCUAGCCCCUUAUGCAUAUCAUCCCCACCUCCUUCCUUCCCCUCCCCCCUCCCUUCUCUUCCCCCCCUCCCUCCCCCUCCCCCCUCUCCCCUCUCAUCCCCGUUCAGCCCAUCCCUGACACCAGUGCAUAUUGCUGGUGGAGGCCAUAGGGGGCGUUGUAUCGGGUGA